AUGGCGAAAAUGCAGAUAUCCCAACGUAGUGAGCAAUACCGUACAUGGAUAUUCACCCUAUGUUUAAGUCAACGCACGUCCAGAUUCUUAUGCAUGUGCAAACGACGUAUAAAAAGACUGCGAAUAGGUCGACGGAAGUCAGUCUCUCUCGAGAACACAAAAGGGGAGGAAUUCUUUACUAUGAUGGCCAACAGCAGGCUCCUCCUCCUGUUCCUCGUGGUCGCUGUGGCCAUCGCGCCUCUCGCCGUCGCUGGCCCAUUGCCCGUUGCUGACCCGGACCCGCAGUAUCCUAGGUAUGCCCAUGAAUACGGCCACCAUAGGUAUGGCCCAAGAUACGGGCACCAUGGGCAUGGCCAUAGAUACGGGCACCAUGGAUAUGGCCAUAGAUACGGCCACCAUGGAUACGGCCACCAUGGGUAUGGCUUUGGCCACUACGGCUAUGGUGGGCCUAUCCAUUUCAUCAGCCAUCUUCUGCAUGACUUCGGGCAUCAUCACCACUUCCGAUAGACCCAAGGAGCGCUACGGUUACUGGAUUGUACAUGCGCAUCGAGAUUUUAAUUUUACUGAAUUGCUGUGUUGUAUUUUUAAUAAAUUAUGACCUUUAAA